CGCCGUUUCCAUUUGUUUCCUUGUCCACUUUUCUCACCAAAAAAGCUCGGAUUAUUGCCCCCUGGCCCCCCUCCCUGAUCGAGUGGUCGACCGAGGCCCUGACCGGCCUGAGGCCUCCGUCACAUCUGCUCGCCGCCGGCCGGGUGGGCUGCCGCGCCGCCUGCCAGAUCGAGAUCAUCUCCUGCGUCGAUCGAGCCGAGGGCACGACUUGAUUCACCGACCGCCCAUGGAACGGCAGCAAUGGAGGCGCAAGUGCAAGAAUGUCGGAGGCAUGGAGACGCCGGCCACGAGUGUCCACGACGUCCCCGACGAGGUGCUCAGGCUGAUCCUCCUACGCCUCCAGUCCCCGCUAUGCCUCGUCCGUGCAGCCUACACAUGCAGACGAUGGCGCGGCAUCGUCGCCGCGGACGGCGGCGCCGUCCUCCGUCUGGCCCGCACGCAGCACCCGCCCUUCGUCGUCGGCCACUACCACCACCGAGGAUGCGGCCCCAUAACGUUCGUCCCCUCGUCACCGCCGGCGCGCAUCGACUGCCGGCGCUUCUCCCUCGACUUCCUCCCGUUAGGCGCCUCGAGCUGGAACGUCGUCGACUGCCACGGCGGCCUCGUCCUUCUCCUGGAGCGCGGCCGCCCGCCGCUGCCGAAGCUUCUCAUCUGCGACCCGCUGACACGUCGUCACCGUGGGAUGAGAUACAAGCCGCCGACAGAGCACGCCGGAUGCACCGUCGCCGACGCAUUUCUCCUCGACAACGACGGCGGCGGCGGCAUCUCCAUGUCGAAUUUCACGGUGGUCUAUAGAUUGAACAACUCAGGUCUCGGUCCAGGGGCCUGCGUAUUCGCCACGUGCAGCGGCGGCCAUGGCGUGCGCUUCGUAUGUGCAUCGGCGAAUGAUCUAGACAAGAACUGCCGAGGGCAGGUCGCUGGCCGGGUCGACGGAUGCCUCUAUCUGGGGUUGACGACAGCUGGCAGCGUGAUACUUCUUGACAAGGCCACCUUGGAUUUCUCCCAAGUCGAUCUGCCCAGCCAAGUGGAUCCGUCCAAGAAAGAUUACCACGCGAGCUUUCGUGUCGUCCAUGGCGCCGGCCCGGACUCGGCCUCGCCGCCGACGGCACGGAUCGUCCACGCCAACGGCGAGGAGCUCGAGGUGUUUCGCCGGGUCCAUGGCACCGCCGAGUGGGUUCUGGAGCACAACAUCGUCCGGCUGUCAGAGGUCGCCUGCGGGCUGCCGAGCUACCUGGCCGAGAGACCGUUCCACUGGACCGUGAAGGUGAUCGCCGACGGUGUGGGGUUUGCCGUCCUGUCGGUGCUGGACUCCAGUAAGAGGAAAUGGCUAUUGACCGUCGAUGUGGACACCAUGGAGGUGCAGUUCAUCCCGGAAUCAACAUACCAUUUGUACCGGGGGACGAGGGCAACAUCAACCUACACACUGCCGGAAUUCAUGAUAUGCUCUCGCAUAGUAGCUAACUAGCUAUGGCAUUAUAUUGCCGGACUCCUAGCUAGGGUUAAAUUUACUUGAACCAGCCAGAAUGCAUUGGUGGGCAUGCAUGUGUGUCUAGGAGACAAUACUACAUUUUAUUUCCAAUCCAUUUUUUACCUUUGUCCGCCAAUAAUAGAUCUAAUUCUAUUAGAAUUUAGAACAUGGAUAUUGUGUUUGUUUUGAUUCUAUCCUCUAAACUUUA